AUGUGUGCCUUCUAUUUGCAAUUGCAGAGCAACAUCUUCGGCGGUCUGGACGAGAGCCUGCUGGCCCGCGCAGAAGCCCUGGCUGCGGUGGACAUCGUCUCGCCCGGCAAGAGCCACCACCACCACCCGCCGCACCACAGCCCCUUCAAGCCCGACGCCACCUACCACACCAUGAACACCAUCCCUUGCACGUCGGCCGCCUCCUCCUCCUCGGUGCCCAUCUCCCACCCCUCAGCCCUGUCCGGGAGCCACCAUCACCACCACCACCAUCACCACCACCACCAACCCCACCAGGCGCUGGAAGGGGAGCUUUUGGAACACAUCACGCCGGGGCUGGCGCUGGGUGCCAUGACGGGCCCCGACGGCUCGGUGGUCUCCACGCCGGGCCACGCUCCCCACAUGGCCAGCAUGAACCCCAUGCACCAGGCGGCUCUCAGCAUGGCCCACGCCCACGGGCUGCCCUCGCACAUGGGCUGCAUGAGCGACGUGGACGCGGACCCGCGGGACUUGGAAGCCUUUGCCGAGCGGUUCAAGCAGAGGAGGAUCAAGCUGGGGGUGACCCAAGCGGACGUGGGUUCGGCCCUGGCGAACCUCAAGAUCCCCGGCGUGGGAUCCCUAAGCCAAAGCACCAUCUGCAGGUUUGAGUCGCUCACCUUGUCCCAUAACAACAUGAUCGCCCUCAAGCCCAUCCUACAAGCCUGGCUGGAAGAGGCGGAGAAAUCGCACCGGGAGAAGCUCACCAAGCCGGAGCUCUUCAACGGGGCAGAGAAGAAGAGGAAACGCACUUCUAUCGCGGCUCCGGAAAAGAGGUCCCUGGAAGCCUACUUCGCCAUCCAGCCGCGUCCUUCCUCGGAAAAAAUAGCGGCCAUCGCGGAGAAAUUAGACCUCAAGAAGAACGUGGUUCGGGUCUGGUUCUGUAACCAGAGACAGAAGCAGAAACGGAUGAAAUAUUCCGCUGGGAUUUAG